UAGAUUUUCAAAUGAGUCGGGUCUGUUCAAGUUCAACUAUCAACCCAAAGUUGAGUUUGAGUGAAAAUGUCACCAAUUGCGCAGUGACCAUUUUUUGUUCUUUUAGGGGAUCAGACAGAGUGUAGUAGAUGGACUUUCAACAGGGACGAUUUCUUAGAUGAUGAGCGUGGCGUUUUGGCUAAAGCGUUUGGUGUUGUGAAGGAAAAUGGAGGAGUAUUUAACGGUUCAUGGAACGACGAUAGAGGCGCUUUAUGGACGGGCGCAGAUGCAAAUUUCCUCGUUCCAAGAUUCGCUGGGAUGGACUUCCGUAAAACGAUGACCCUGUCAUUCUGGGUAAAAAUUAACUCAAGUGAAAUAAAUCAGACACUUAUACAUAACGGUGGACUUGGUGGCUCGGACGCCAGUAUUAGUAUUGAGGUUUUCACAAUUACAGAGGCAAACACCCCAAAAAUGUAUAUAACUGGUGGAGUAAGGGUAUGUGAUAGAACGGAAGAUAUAAUGAUUCCAAUAACUAACCUAAAUCUAUUCAAAACGUGGACGUUUAUUGCCCUGACCGCAUGCGUGUCGCAGGCUGAAGGUAGAGACGAAAUCCCCGUGGUUACUCUUUAUGUGAACGAUGACGAAGAUUCUGCUGAAGAACAAGCUGACUCGAGAAAAUGUUUCGAACAACUUUUUGUCAAACUGACUAAAUUGAAGUCACGUUUUGAAGAUGAGGACCCGAAGCAGGAUGACCCAGAUAGGGAAGGAGAGUAUAGGUAUAGUGUACUAGACAGAAGGUUAGACGAAGCUGAAGAGCUAAUGAGAAAUACCAGAUUUAAGAGAGAUGUGUUCAGGGAGAACGGAGAUCCUGAACCAACAAUUCGACUCAGCAAAAAUCCAAUGAUUAUUGGUGAAGGCCUGGACGGGAACAUUGACGAGAUUGUCGUUUGCAAUCUGUGUGCAGACAAAGAUCAAAUUGAUGCCCUCAGGCUUAAUGGAGAGAUUCCAAGAAGAUUUGGAAAAGCUGAUAUAUAGAACAAUGCUAUGUUAAGCAUUUGAACUCAAUUCCAAAUGAAAAUAAAAUACAUAAAAAUGGGAUUGAUAUAUGCACCUCAGUCGGGCUAAUAUUAUCUUUUUAUUCCAUAAUACUACUGUUUUCCCUGGAAAAUAAAAUCAUAUUAUCCCUCUUAAAAUCAUAUAUCCUCGAAAAACCAUAUUGUCCCUGUAAAAAUAAUAAUAUAUACUCGAAAAAUCAUAUUGUCCCUGUAAAAAAAUCAUAUAUACUCGAAAAAUCAUAUUGUUCCUAUU